CUGAGGAAGCUCUACACUUCACUUUUGGCAGCUGAACAGCCAUGACUGCUGUUAUAUUUCUGCUCGUCGUCUCUCUGCUGGAUUUGGUUAAAGGUUCUGAACACGUGUUCCUGGAGCAGGGAACAGACCUUCAUCUGGAUGUAAAGAAACACAUUCAGCUGAAUGAAUACACAGAUUUCCUAUGGAAACAUAACAAUACUAGAAUAGUUAAGUACGUUAAUGAUAAAAAACCAAUCCUUUAUGAAACUUAUAAAUCCAGUGAUGUUUUGGUUUUCGACAAUUACACUUUGCUAUUAAAAAAUUUAAAACAUAACAACAGUGGAAAUUAUGAAGCAGUAUUGAGUGGAGAAAAAGACACAAUCGUAGUAAAAUAUACGGUCACAGUCCAAGAUCCAGUGUCCCCAGUAAACCUGACCGUGGUCCCCAACAACAACUCUUCCUCCUGCAGCCUCACUGUGACCUGCAGAUCUGAGGACCCUCUCAUCAGCAAAACCUUCAGAUGUGACACCAACAACUGCUCUCAUGUGGAAGAAUCAGCCUUGGCAGUCAGGGUCUCUACUUCCUCUCUUGACGUCCACCUGCAACAGGGCAACAUCAUCUGUAACCACAGCAACCAAGUGAGCUGGGAACAGGACAAGACAGAUAUCAGGCGGUUCUGUGAAGGAAUACCAGUUGCCAACGGUGAUAUAAUAACUGCAGCUUCCAUUUCAGUCGUUGCAAGUCUGCUGUGUUGUGCUCUGGCAAUCUGUCUAAUCUUAAAAUGUAAACGAAAGAGCAGCAAAAGUACAGAGUAUGAAGUUCCUCAGGAAAUCAAAGCUCAAUAUCAGAAUUCUGCAGAUGACCCCUCAAGUCUCUCUGAUACCUCCACAUAUUCCUUUGUGGGAUCUCACACUUCACCUGCAGAAUCCAACAGCAUCCAAAGCAACUCCCGGCCUAAAAGAGAUGAUCCGUCAAGUCCCUCUUCCACGUAUGCCUUGGUGGGGUUUCCCUCUGCACCCGUGAAAUCCAGCAACACCCGAAAGAACUCCCAGGCAGACACGGUGUAUGCAGAGGUGGACAGAGCCCUCAAGUCAAACUAAGACACUGUUAAAAGACUCACUUUUGUCAUACCACAAACAACCAAUCAAAGUUCCUCCUGCUUGCCUUUCGCACUGCAUCCAAUGCAAUUCGGGUUCAGGGCUAACCACUCUACAGAAACUGCCACAUGCUACUUUGUUGAAAAAAUCAAGCCAUCCAUGGACCGGGGAGGGGGGGCAGUGGGGGCUGUCUUCCUUGACCUGCGGAAAGCAUUUGAUACCGUUAAUCACUCAAUAUUAUUAAAGAGACUCCUGAAUUUUAAUCUCUCCACAGACUGUCUUAAUCUGAUACAAUCAUACCUCUCAUCUUGCUCCCAGCUGGUUAAAAAUAAUAAUCAUAAUUCCAAUAUCUUACAGUUAUCAACUGGUGUUCCGCAGGGCUCUGUACUAGGUCCACUCUUAUUCAGCAUGUACAUUAAUGAACUCCCUUCUGUGUGUGAGUCAUGUGACAUCUUAAUGUACGCUGAUGACACGGUAAUCCUAGGUCAUGGGAGGAUGGCAGGGGAGGUUGCGACUAAGCUGACUGAUGCAAUGUUGAGAAUCACAUCCUGGCUGAAUCAAUGCUGUCCACAGUUAAAUCUUACAAAAACGGUCUGUAUGUUUUUCUCAAAAAUGAACAACUUAGUCAUAAAUCCGGACAUUUUUGUCUCUGGAGAGAGACUACAGGCUGUUGUUGGACUACCGUCCAUAUGAUUAUGAAUUCAUGACAUAUGUGAGUGGGUGAACAUUUCUCUUGGACCAGUAAACCUAAAGACUUAAAGUUUCAUGAUCCCUGCCUCAUGGUGAGUUUACGACACCUCCAGCGUGGUCUGGAGAACAACGGAAAACCCCCAUGGACACCAGGGUUUACAUAUGUGACCCUCUUGGUGAUAAGGCACCACACUUUGAUUGGACAAGGACCCCAAGCUGCAGGAAGGGGUAUCAACUUCCUGUGCGCAGCUAUAAAAGAGGAGACCCCCCUCUCUCCUCUCUCUUCUCUCUUUUUUCUGCUUCCUCCUUCUCACCCACAGGUCUCUGCUGUAGCCCAGGGCCGGCUUUCUCCUUCGUGAACGAAGGAGCGUCCGUUUUGCAGCGCUGCACGAGCGACCCACGCAGUUCCGAGCCCAGAAAGCCGAACUAGGGACCCUGCAUUGACUCGACGUGAACGCGACGCCGAUCCGAAGUUGAAGGAAGCCAAGUGCUGUGCCCAGCUGCUGUCCCCUCAUCCAGCUGCCUUUCCCCUCAUCCGCAGCAAGGACACAGGAGGGAGUGAUAGCCGCUUUAUCAGGAUCGCCUGCUGAGCGUAAACACCCAGCUGUUCCCCAGGGAACGCUGACCGACCACCCCUUUUUUUCUUCAACUGCAAAGGUUCACGUAAGAGGCUGUUUUUGAUGUCUGGGCAGGGAAAACUUAGUAAUACACUUUAAAAGUUAGUUUACGCUGUGAGCUGGACUGCUGAUCCCGUCAUAGUUGUGUUUAUUAACUUAAGUGUUUUGUUUAUCUUCUUAUUUGUCUACGGCUGCAUCCACAUUGCUGGAUCGUUAUGACAUGCUUCUCGACAACCGAAAACAAGGCCCUUCUAGAUUUCCCGGUUGGAUGACCAGAGCGCACGUGUGAAGUUUAGUUUCACAUUGGGGCAUUUCUGUGUGGGAAAGAUCAGAAGGUCUUGGGUUUCUGGUAACGAGAAAUUAUUUAAGAGUGUCUAUUAUUGUACUUUUCUUCGGUAUCUCUCUCUCUUCCUCUCGUACUAACCCCCCCCACACGCACACACAGACGCUCCCCUCGGUCAUAAAUUCCCGAGCCAGUCUGAGAUCCCACACACACACACACACACACACACACACACACACACACACACACACACACACACACACCGACACACACACACACACACACACGCAGACACGCACGCAGACACGCACGCAGACACACACACACACACCCACACACACACACGCACACGCACACACACACACACACACACACACACUAGUCACACCCCACACAGAUGACUGGAACUUUUGCAUUGUAUAAUUUCUGUCCCUGUUUCCGUAGUGUGCCAUCAGGAUUUAUUGGGGUGUUCCGUUUACCAUCUUUUGACACCUAUAUGUAAAUAAAUUCUGAUUGAUUUGUC